AUGAAUAGCCGUGCAUGGCGCUGUAGGUGCGCAUUUUCUUUCGGGCGUGGAUGGCGUAACUAAACGGUAAUGGUUACUAACGUGUGUUAGCGUGACAGGUGAAGGAGGAGACGGAGUGUGUGGGGAUUUCACGGGACUUCGUGAUCUGUAAAGGAGGAAGAAGAUGCUGCUGCUGCUGCUCCUCAUCAACGUUUCCCAGCUUGCCCUGGCUGUGGUGGUGGAGGUGUAUGAAGGAGAAAGAUCUGUCCUGCUGCCCUGUCAGUUCUCUGGUUUUAUUCCUGAGGACCCCACAGUGAUGUGGACUCGCUCUGAUCUCGAUCCCAAAUCUGUGCACCUACAACGAGAUGAAGAUGAUCUUAGAGGACAGAACCAGCGUUACAGCGGGCGGACAUCAAUGAAUCCUGAUGCUCUGAACUCUGGAAACUUCAGCCUCACUCUGAGAACACCAAUAAAGACUGACAGUAGCAACUACACCUGCUCCAUCAGUGAUGGACGAGAAGAACUGAGACUCACAGAUAUACAGCUGCAGGUCAAAGACCAACAGGUGGAGGUGGAGGUGGAGGAAGGCUCAGAGUCUGUCAUCCUGCCCUGCAAAACAAAACCUGACCUGCCUGAGGACACCACAGUGGAGUGGACUCACUCUGACCGAGAACUUGUGAUUGUCCAUGUGUUUUCAAACAGAAGUGACCACUUUGAGAACCAAGACAACCUUUAUUGUGGUCGCACAAAGAUGAACAAAGACCUGCUGAGAACUGGAGACCUCAGUCUGACCCUGAAAUACCCCAAAGACAGAGACAGUGGAGAAUACAUCUGCACCAUCUACAGGGACAAAGACAUCCUGAGACAGAAAGUAGUGCUGCACCAUAUCAGAAAACGGCUUCCGUCCUGGGCCACAGCUCUCCUGGUUCUCCUGGUUCUUCUUGGGGUUUCUGGAGGUCUUUUAUUUCAUUUCCGGCACUAUUUCAUGUCAGUUUACCAGGUGGAGGUGGAUUUAUGCGCAGAGUCUGUCCAGCUGCCCUGCAAAACCAUGCUUCACCUGCCUAAAGAUGCUAAAGUGGAGUGGAAGGACAAAUAUGACAGGAAGGUCCACGUAUAUCAGAACGGUUCGGACCAUCCUGGAGAACAGGAUGAGGUUUACAGGGAUCGAACACAGAUGAACACGCUGAAAAUGGGAGACCUCAGCCUGUCUCUGAAAUACGGCAGAGACAUAGAUAUCUACACCUGCACCGUCUACAAUAAGGAUGGAAUCAUCCUAAUGAGGAAACAAGUGCUGCUCAAAGUCAGAGUCCCCCAGGUGGAGGUGGAUUCAGGGGUGGAGUCUGUCCAGCUGGCCUGCAAAACCACACUUCACCUGCCUGAAGACGUUAAAGUGGAGUGGAUGGACAACAACAGCAAGGCCCACGUGUAUGAGAACGGCUCUGACCAGCCUGAAGAACAGCACCAGGUUUACAGAGACCGAACGAAGAUGAAUGAAGACCUGCUGAAAAUUGGAGACCUCAGUCUGACCCUGAAAUACCCCACAGAUGGAGACAACUCCACCUACACCUGCACCGUCUACAGCAGGGAGAGAAACAUCCUGCUGAAGAAACAAGUUGAGCUGAAAGUCAGAGUCCCCCAGGUGGUGGAUUCGGGGGUGGGGUCUGUCCAGUUGCCCUGCGAAACCACCCUUCACCUGCCUGAAGACGCUAAAGUGGAGUGGAAUGACAAACAACACAGGAAGGUCCACGUGUAUGAGAACGGCUCUGACCAGCCUGAAGAGCAAGAUGAGUUUUACAGAGACCGAACGAUGAUGAAUGAAGACCUGCUGAAAACUGGAGACCUCAGUCUGACUCUGAAAUACCCCACAGAUUGGGACACAAAUACCUACACCUGCACCGUCUACAGCAGGGAGGGAAACAUCCUGCUGAAGAAACAAGUUGAGCUGAAAGUCAGAGUCUGUCAGGUGGAGGUGGAGGAGGGGGCGGAGUCUGUCCAGCUGCCCUUCAAAACCACACAAAACCUGCCUGAAGAUACUAAAGUGGUGUGGUGGGACAAUUCAUACAGGACAAUCUACAUUUAUCAGAGGGGCACUGACUGGCCUGAAGAACAGGACCGGGUUUACAAAGACCGAAUAAGGAUGAAUGAAGACCUGUUGGAAACUGGAGACCUCAGUCUGACCCUGAAACACCCCACAGAGAGAGACAGUGGAGAAUACAGAUGUGGAGUCUGGAGUCAUGGAUACAUCAUCAGAUAUAAAACAGUUCUACUUAAAGGGAGAGUUCAGGUCCAGGAUCAAACAGGGGACAUCAGGAACAGAAGCAGCUCCAUUGAUCCGACUCCUCUGAUGGCUGAUCAAUCAUUUUGAUCUGUGUGUUCUUUGAUUAUUGAUCAGUGAUGUCACAGUGGAGUCAGUGUGAUGUUGUUGUUGUGUGUUUGAGACUUUUAGUGUCCGUGAAGGUCUCUACUGCUUUA